CUAGUUUUAGCAAUAAAUAUAUACGCUUCACAUCCUUAUCAGUAUUGUUUAAAGCAAGCUGUUAUCAUGGCUUCGUUUAAUAUUUGGCGAAAUAUAGUUCUAAUUAGCGCUCUUGUGCUGCUUCUCUGUCAGCAGGAAUCUGCUGCUGAAAAUUCGUGUCUCUGUCCAAGAAUUUUUGCACCGGUUUGUGCUUCAGAUGGUCACACUUACUCCAACAAGUGCGUUUUCAACUGUGAACUGAAGAAGGCUCCCAUGGAAAAGCGAGCAAAUUUGAGGAUUUUGAAGAGUGGAGAAUGUUAUAGUGAUAUAAAGAUGGGAUAUUUUGGAAUUCUUGGAAAAUCUCUGUUGUUGUUUGCCGUGCUCCUGCUCUGUCGACAUGGAAUCCUCGCCAAGAAACGUUGUGUUUGUUCGAAAGCAUUUGCUCCAGUAUGUGGUGUGGACGGAAAUACCUACGCUAAUAAGUGUCUGCUCAAAUGCAAACUAAGGGAAAAAGAAGAGAAAUUUGAGAAGCUCAGCAACUUGCCUAUGUUUCAGCAUUUCUUUGAAUGUACAAAUCUGUAAUUGUGAAUAAAAUAUUGUCGGGUCUUGU